UAGUUAACCCUCGAGGAGCAGUGUGACCUGCGCGGCCAACCAUGUCCGGUCUCUCCGACGAUACCCUUCACAAGGUGCUUCAGCAAAUACAAGCCCGCACCGUUGCCGCACAACGCGAGCUCUCCCUGGUCCGCGCCCAAAUCGCGGCCUCUGAGCGAGCCCGUAAGAUAUCGCAGCUCACGAGUGGGGAGAUUUCCGCUCUUCCUGAAGGGGAGGUGGUCCGGGUGUAUAGAGGUGUAGGGAAAAUGUUCGUUCAGGAACCGAGGAAGGUUAUGGAGAGGAGCUUGGAAGUGCAGGAGAAGGACAUCGAGGAGGAGUUGCAGGCAUUGAAUAAGAAAGCAAAGCGGUUGGAAGAUGAGUACCAGAGGACUCAAGGGCAGCUGAGAGAUAUCUUCCACUCCCAGCAACAGUCAUGAUCCGCAAGUAUUGGUGGAAAUAUAGUGAAUGAGAGUCUCGAGAGGCACGUAGGACGGGAUGAAUUCAGAGAGACGGCGAGACGAGCGCUAUGAGCUCGCCUAACGUCAAACUAUGCUCCAACAAGGACCGUCACAUGUUUCAUGACAAAGUUGGGCCACUAUGUUGGAGCAAUGUUGG